GGACGCGUCAAACAACAUUACGCCGAGUCGGUUGACUUUGUGUUUCUCAUCUCAUCUCGCCAAACACCACCCGCACAAUGGACAACGACUACUACUCGUUGACCGCGGUGCUGGCGGACAACCAUAAACUCGCGUGCACUUUCAGCCAAGAUGUGCCCGGAAUGGGGCACAUGGACGGCUCGACCGAGCCCGACCUGCGCGCGGGCGCGAAGGCCGAGCUGCCCAUGUGGCUGGCGAGCUCGCUGUGCUUGAACGAACUCACAGAAUUCGUCGUCCCCCCGCCGUUCGGGGCACGCGUCAAGGCCGCCCUGAACGCCAGCGCGCCGUCCGUGCGGCUGUCGAGUUUGGUCGGGCAAGGCGGGUGGUGGUACCGCUUUGGCGCGGGCGUCGCGGAGAUAUGGGACCGGGGAGAUGAUUUGCUGGGGACGUUGCUAAGGGCAUUCAUCAAGCGCCUGCCCGCACUACAGGAUCUUGCGGCGCACCAUGCUUCGUCGGAUGUGUCUGUGCCGGAGAGUGGGCCGGGGACGGGGGAGGCGUUCCGCGAGGGCAUGGACGCGGACGAGAGAGAAUUGUUUCAUAUCGGCCAGACAUCCGGCAGUAUGGUCAAGAGCUGGUACGAUACCGUGUGGGGCCGGCGGCGGUAG